AUGUCAGAGGUACGAAAAUCACGCUUAAUCCUUGUCCCAUGCCAUUCAAUUUGGAAAGAAUCAUAUCCAAAGUGCCAAGCUGCUAACCUCGGCCAAUUACCAGAACAUUGGUAUUUAGCUCCGUUUCAGCUUGAAGGAAACGAUCAUAUAGCUUUCAUAAAGCACGCAGUAUUUGGAAUUCGUGAGUUAGUCAAUGAUCUGGUUUCUGGGAUAUUAAUAUUUAGUGGUUCGCAAACUAAAAAGGAAGCCGGUCCAAUCUCGGAAGCUUGCAGCUAUUAUUCAAUGGCUCAAAAAUUGCUAACUUGGAUAGAGCUAGGAAAAACAGUUCCGGAUCAGUUGAAGGAUGACAUCGAGAUAAUACCGAAUUGCAAAGCUAUAAUUAAUACUUUGCAAGAUAAAUAUAGAAUCACUGUUGCUGAGUUAUUUGAGAAACACAUAUCUACAGAGGUUUUUGCCUUAGAUUCAUUUGAUAAUCUCCUUUACUCUAUUGGAAGGUUCCAUGAACUUACGAGUUAUUAUCCUGUGGGAAUAACAAUAGUUGGAUUUGGGUUUAAGAAGGAACGUUUUCUAAAUUACCACGCUAAAGCCAUUGAUUUCCCAAGUGAGAGAAUCAAAUACAUUUCUAAGGAACCUAUUCCAGAUUAUAGUGAUCCAAAAGCUAUAGAAGGUUAUUUCACAACUUUAAAAGAGUUAGAAAAAAAGAAUGCAUUAUGCUUAUUUGCAUCCGAUUGGUAUGGAACGAGGGAUACCUUAGCAUUAAAAAAAAAUAGCAGAAACCCUUUUAAAAAGAACCACAGAUAUUCGCUGCCACUUCAUCACUUACAGAACGAAGACUUUAAAAUCAUAGAUGAUCAACAGUACUAUAAUCAGUUUAUUAGCGGGAAAAUGCCAUGGUCUGUUAGCUGA